ACGUUGACAAAUGCACGGAACUAUAGACAGUAGACAAAUGUCACUUUAAAAGUUGUUUUCUUUUUUUAGUUUUAUUUUUGUUUAACAACGCUUUAUUUCUUUUUCUCCUUAAUUUGCUGUUAUCAAAAUGAAGACAAAACAAGGCGGUACGUGUACGAAGAAAAACGAGUGUAAUAUCUGUAAAAAAGUGAUUAUCGGUAGUUCAUACAAGUUCAAGUCACAUUUGUAUCAGCACAGUGCCGUAAAAUCUCGAUUCCAGUGCUCAUAUUGCUCAAAAGAGUAUUAUAGGCGGGAUGUAUAUGAAAAACACAUUGCCGUGCAUACUGGUGCCAGAAAAGUUCACAUCUGCGAUUACUGCGAUCGCGGAUUCGUCGACAAACGAAACUUGAUCAGUCAUUUGAAGAUCCACGAUGAUUUCUUUGCUCAACCUCCCGUUCAGUACAAAUGUAUGGCUUGCGGCAUCAUUUAUUGUGAAGAAAGACUGCUCAAAUAUCACAUAAGGAAGCAUCACUUCAACUUAAAAGAAAAAGAGACGACUCAUGUGAAAAAACGAAAAAAUGAAACAUGGGUCGAAAGAGUUAUGGAGUCGGAAAUAUGUGUUGAAAUGACCAAGAUUAACGACAGCGUUAUUAACAUAAAGAAGAGUCCGAAAGUCAGCAAAGAGUUUGCUAACAUGGAGAAUCUGGAAAAAUCGAAGUUUGACGAAUAUAUCUCUUCUGUAUUUGCAAUGAAAGACAGGUCUCAAUAUUCCAGAGCUAUUUGUGACUAUUGCGGUAAAGAGAUGUUGAAGAAGAGUCUGCAGUCACAUAUAAGGGAACGGCAUUUGAAACUAAAGAGGUUUAAGUGUGAAGAUUGUAAUGCCAGCUUCAGCCGUCAUUAUCAGUUAGUUAAUCACAUCUGCGGUAAGGUUCGGACAAGGAAUCGCAAGUAACAGACAAAAGGGAAAAUAAUGCAUGUUGUUGCAAAUUGAAAGCUGACUCAAUUUUAAUGUUAAAGAGAUUAUUUUUGUACACUUCAGUGAUGAUAUUGUAUGACAUAAUUAUGUAUGUAUGAUGGUAAAAUUUCAUACAUUAAAGAUGGGAACAAUAUUAGUAUGUUAUUACAUUAAGCUCAGCCUAACAGUGAUAUACAAAUAUUUGUGAAAUUUCCGUCAAAUGAUAUGUUUAUUGCUUGUUAGUCCUUUGUUCAGGCAAUCAUACUCAUGAUCAGUACAUUACCACAUAAAAAGUAAGAUAUAUUAAACAAAAAAUAAUAUUAACCUCUAAAAUAUUUGCACUCAGAAGUGAAAUUUACCGAUUGAAUAUAAAAAUGAGCAAAAAACACCAUUGUCUUGGUUUCUGGACCUGAAAUAAUCAAAUGUACUGUUUUUUUUUUCUAUUUGCUUGCUUGAAUAAAAGUCCAACAACUAACAUAACUUGUAACAGAUGAUAAACAAUUUUAUUUGUUAUUGAGACACUUUUUAAAGUUGUGGUAAUAAUGGACCAGCAAUAAACUAGGCCUAAUAUAUUAACAUCCAAAAUUAAAAACUAUUGUUAAGUAAAUUUUUAUAUUUUGACUGAUAGUGAAAAAGCACAAUAAAUGUCUUCCAGUUUGUUUAAAUUAUAACUUCUAGCAUAAAAUCAUCCUAUAUACAUACAUCCCACUGUUGGGCACAGGUGUCUUUCCAUAUUAUUAUAUGAAUGGAAUAAGCAUUGAUCACCAUGCUAGCUCACUGUGUGUUGACAAAUUUAGAUUCCAAUGUUUGAAUCUAGGUUAUUAGGUACUUCUUGCAUGUAUUAAGUUUAAAGUUCAAUUGUACUAAAAAGCUUAAUGCUAGAAUGAUGCUUAGCUGAGUGACCAUUUAAAAUGUCCAUUUGACUAAAAAUGACAUAGCAUGACAGUUGAGGGUGACAUUUUGAUUGAUAAAGUGUCAAUUUAUGUUAAUAGCAAUUUUGCUUUCCUAAAUUUGACUUGAUCCCAGUAAUAACUAUUUAGGUAGAUAAUUUGUCGUUUUGAAUGUGAUUUCAAUAUUAUUUUGAAUGAUGUUGAGAUUUUUUUGGGGUAUAUGUACUAGUGAUAAUGUUUUAAAACCCCUGCAGACCUCCAGCCUGUCUCUUAAUCGGGAUGACAACCAGUCUUCUUAUCGUAUGGUUGAUGCACAACCUCAUGUAACCCAGAGUAAACACCGCCUGUAGGCCUCUGACAUGGCGUCACGCAUUGAUUUCAAUACAGCAUCGCAUUUAAUACCUAUUCGGUAUCAGCCGAUGUAUAAUUUUGAUGGUCUUGAAAUUGAACUUCCUAAUUAGGCUGAUAAGGAUGAUGACUAGGGGUUAAAAUUAAAAGUCGCGUUUGUUGUUAUAGAGGCAGCAAAAAUACAUCAACUAUUAAAAUUCCACUGUUUAGCUGUCAAGGUUCAUGAGAUACAGUUUGACGGGCGGAUGGAUAGCGGAGCCCCACUAAUAGGGUUCCGUGAAUACCCUAGGUGCGGUACCCUAAAAAAGUGUGUGCUUAGUAUGCAGUGGUUCAAUGAAUUAAUUAAAAUAAGAAACAUUACAAUAUUUAAAUAUGAAAGACUGAUGAUAAUAUUUGUCUUCUAUUACUUUAAGGAUAAGUUUUAAGAAUUGAAAAUUCGUUUGUUACACACAUGUUCACACUCAUUAUUGACAUAUUCAUUUU